GACCAAUUGGAUUUCGUGCAGUCCACAGUACUUCACUUCUUCUAUCUGUACUCCACUCUCUCACUUCCCAUCCACUCCACUUUCUUCUUCUUCUCUUCCAAACCCAGAAACUCAAAAUCCACAGAGAUCCCACCAACCACUUUCCUCUUGUUUCUGCUCCAAAUCAAACACACCCAGAUGGCUAUCAACCGAGACUCCACUCCCCCUCCAAAGAUCGGCAAGAUUGGGCCUUACACUGUGUUCAUGACUCCACCCUCCACUCCAAAACCACCAGAAGAACAACAACAACAGCAGCAACAGCAACAGCCCAUCUUUGAUUCUCCCAAGAAAGUUGUCCUGCCUCCGGUUCAGCCGCCGCCUCAGCAGUUUGUGAAGCCGGUCGCCGGCGAUGGCUCUGUUGCUGGGUUCUUCAAGAAUGCUGUCACUAAAGUUCAGAAUGCACAUUCGAGUUUGGAUGAUCACUUGGCGCGCUGGUUUGGGUUGAACCAGUCAAAGUAUCAGUGGGCACUUGAUGAUUAUUAUGAAAGCAAGGGAUUGGAAAAGGGCAAUGCUAAAGCACAAGAGGUAUCUAGCAAAAUGCAGAGUGUAUAACAUCCUUUCUUGACAGAAUUGACUGCAAGAGAGAGCUCGUGAACUCUUAUUCUGAGUAUACAAUAUUUAUAGUAUAUAUGGAGUCGCAGAAAUGCAGUUGAGUAUGUGUAGAGUACAACCAGCAUCUGGGGCUCUGGUUAAUGCAAUUCUCUACCUACUGAAACGGCUAAGUUUGGUUGUCUAACAGUUUCUAAGCCAUGUAAUAUCAUUUAAAUCUCUAGUUUUCAGCCAAACUUGUGUUUUUUUCACUCCUUAAGCAGUUAGCUGAUGUAUUUCAGUUUAUUGAUUUUGUACCUUCAGCUUGUUGGUGUAUUUGUAUUUUCUGUUGAAGCCAUUGUUUGCAACUUAUGAUUUCAAGAGAUUAUCAUUUUUUCUUGUUGGCA